AUGGACAUAUUGAAAAGGUCUUUCUCCAAAGAUCCAUACGAAAUCUUUUCCUAUUUUGAAGAAACGCCCUGUGGCUCAGGAAGUAUUGCUCAGAGCACUCCCGUUGCAGUCAAAAUUAUCCAUCCAAACGUUCAUUUUUUUCUUGACGUUGAUUUGGCACUACUUAAAUUAGUCGCUACCGUGCUUGAUGCCCUCUUUCCGGCUCUUCGUUGGGUUGGAUUGAGACAGGAAAUUUCGCAUCUUUCCAAAUCAUUCAGGGGCCAAGCUGACCUACGAAUCGAGGCCCGAAAUCUAGAUGUUUUCCGGGCAAAUUUCUAUGGAUGCGAAGAUAAAGUCUCAUUUCCUAUUCCGAUAUAUCCAUACGUGUCGUGCGAUGUUCUUGUGGAAAGUUUAGAAAUCGGGCUUUCCAUCGAUGCCCUUUACCCAUCGGCCGAGCAUCAGAACAACUCUAUCGUCAUCAGCCAUAUGAGCGACCAAAUAAUUUCAACGGUUUUUGCUUCGUUUUUGAAAAUGCUUUUAUUGGACAAUUUUUCUCAUGCAGAUUUACACCCCGGUAAUCUCUUGAUCCAGUUCAUUGGGCAUCCUGAAAUAUCAAGCUACGAUCAUUCGUCGUAUGUUGAAAAGGCGAAAACUAUGCUAUACAAAGCUCGAGCAUAUUUUUGGCCGAUUGCCAAGUUUCGUGCUUCCAUACGCGUAUCAGAUUUAUACGAUUCGAAAAGGAUUUCCAGCAAAAUUAGCUUCCUUGCACCGCAAUCAAGGGUGUUUUCUCCACUAGAGGCCUCUCCAUGGCUUUCCGUUUCAAGCCCUCUUACGUCAAUUCCGUACUUUACUUUGUCUUUGGAUACACAAAAAGACAUUUUGGGGCUUCUUACAUCGGAUAAGAAGGAGAUCGAAUAU